AGAAGAACGUUGUAGAUGCACGUAGGAUUUAAAAGUGUGGAAUUAGCAGGGGAAAUCAGUAGCUGUCAGUGUGGACAGACUGAGAAGGACAUAACCAUGGAAUUUCCUUUCAUGAUCCAGAUGCUUGGUACACCCUGUCAGGUAUCUAAUACAAAGCAAGAACCAACAGCCACCAUGUCUAGCAAAAGGGCAAAGACAAAGACCACCAAGAAGCGCCCUCAGCGCGCCACUUCCAAUGUAUUUGCGAUGUUUGAUCAGUCGCAGAUCCAGGAAUUCAAGGAGGCCUUCAACAUGAUCGACCAGAACAGGGAUGGCUUCAUUGACAAAGAGGACCUGCACGACAUGCUGGCCUCCCUUGGAAAGAAUCCAACGGAUGAAUACCUGGAUGCCAUGAUGAAUGAGGCUCCAGGCCCCAUCAACUUCACCAUGUUCCUCACCAUGUUUGGUGAGAAGUUAAAUGGCACCGACCCGGAGGAUGUAAUCAGGAAUGCUUUUGCUUGCUUUGAUGAAGAAGCAACAGGGUUCAUCCAGGAAGACUACCUGCGGGAGCUGCUGACCACAAUGGGAGACAGGUUCACGGAUGAGGAGGUGGAUGAGCUGUACAGAGAGGCCCCCAUCGACAAAAAGGGCAAUUUCAACUACAUCGAAUUCACGCGCAUCCUGAAACACGGAGCAAAAGACAAGGACGACUGAGCAAAUCCCUGCAUACCUGCAGAUUAUCUCUACUUUUAUGUUUAUUUGUAUUGGUUUCUUCCUCAUAGAACUUGUUGCAUGCAUUUAGCUCCAAAGCUUUUGUCUUUUUCAAUAUAUUUAUCUAUUCCAGGCCAUUUAGGCACAUUUGCACCCGUAAUCAGACUGGAAGCGGGGAAAAUAUUGUGAGGGAAAGGCUACAGGACAAACAUUCCCUGGAGUUGAUAGUCCAGGAAAAUAAUCUCAAUGUUUCUGGUUUAGCUGGAUUUUUACAUUUUUGUAAUAAAUGCCAUUCUGAAAUAAAGUUUGCUAUAUAGAUAAAAUACCUCAAAAUCUUUUGUGAAGAAUGACAUUUCUAUUAUGCAUUUACUAAUGUAGCUGCGUUCAUUGCAUUUUUCUUGCAGUUGCAAGGCAAGCUAGAAAACUCAUUUUCAUAGUGUUUUGUUCAGUAUCACAGGGUUCUGAAAUGCUCCUAGCAGCACUUGCUGGCAUCUUUAAAAAUGCAGCUGCAGAAGUCUUUCAUCUCAGAUUUUUGAAGUGGGAUCUGACUA